AUGCCCAUAGCUCUGCGUCUCCAGAGUAUUCGGCAGCAAUCGCCUGACCAAGAGAGGCAGCCAAACUGGCUGUGGCCUGGACAAGGCUUUGCAAACUCCCUCUUGGUAUCCUAUAACGCUGUGCGACUUGCCACAGUGGUUGUGGUUGAGUUGGCUGUAUUCGAUUCACUCCAGUGCUUCCACCUCCGGGCCAUAGAUCAGAAAGAGCCAAAGCCACAUAUAGGCGAUGUAAAGGAGUCUCAUCACGCUGAUACUGAACCCAUGCGAAUGUUCACGUAA